AUGGGAAGAGGGAGAGUUGAACUAAAAAGGAUAGAGAACAAAAUUAACAGACAAGUCACUUUUGCUAAGAGAAGAAACGGUGUACUCAAGAAAGCUUAUGAGCUUUCAAUCCUUUGUGAUGCUGAAGUUGCUCUCAUCAUCUUCUCCAACCGUGGCAAACUCUAUGAGUUCAGCAGCACUUCCAGCAUGAUGAAAACUUUGGAGAAGUACCACAAGUACAGUUACAAUGCACUAGAGACCAAUCAACCAGCCAAUGAUGCUCAUAAUUACCAGGAAUAUGUGAGAUUAAAAGCAAAUGUAGAAAUCUUACAACGUUCACAAAGAAACCUUCUCGGAGAAGAUAUAGCACAAAUGAAUACAAAUGAACUCCAGCAAAUAGAGAAUCAGUUAGAGGCAGCACUUAAAAAUAUAAGAUCAACAAAGACUCAAUUCAUGCUUGAUCAACUUGCUGAUCUUCACAACCGGGAAACAGUGCUAGUUGAAACAAAUCAUGCACUAAGAAGUAAGUUGGAAGAAAAUAAUGAGUCUAAUAUCCAUUACACACGCUUUCAUCCUCAAUCAGAGGGAUUUUUUCACCCUGUGGGAGUGAAUUCCAACUUGCAAAUUGGAUACAAUAUGAUGGGUUCUUGUGAUGAUGUAAACGUUGGAGCUCCAUCCUUAAGUAUGAAUGGAUUCUCCACUGGGUGGAUGCUUUGA